AUGACUUCCGAGGCCUCACGGCCAUUGAUUCUACCUCAGAAUCGGAAGUUACGACACCUGCAAGGCAUAUACGUCCGAAAUCUAACACUUUCCCGUCCACGAGGAAAAACAAUCGACGAUGCAGGUCUCAACAAAUCACCACAGAAACUCGAAGCUUUGCGCCGCGAAUCACAACUACAUCAUGCGCAAUCAUCAGGCGAUCUACGACCUGCGAAGACGAGGAGAUCGAGUUCGAAUUGGGUUGGUGCAAGCCCUGCUAUAAGACAAAAAAAGCUUGAGGAUGUAAGGGAUAGUCGUAUGGCAGAUAGCUUCUUCACAUUACAUUGCGAGGGACAGGAUGAUCCUAUAUAUAUCAGCGAGGUUGUAGGAAAGGCAAUGAAUCCCACAUUUCGAUCUUUCGAUUUAUCUUCGUUUGGUCCUGCGACGACGCGACUCGAUACUGUUACUGUUAAGAUAUGGAUCAAGCGACGAGACUUUGUUCCACUGAUUGAAGAGGAAGUUAAUCUUCAGUCUUUGCAGUUCUUAGGACGACUAGAGAACCACCCUUUCCCAUCAAAUUCGAUUAUAUUCCACCUCACAGAUGGCAUAUAUACCAUUGAUCUCACUUCCAAACUACCUCAGCCAAGACCUAGCAUUGCUCUUCCUACAUCCUCCUACAAUGCAUUGAUGCGCCUCUCAAAUCUCGAUGAAUCCAUUCAAGAUGCUUUAGCUACCCGCGAAGAACUUACUUCUCAAAUAAACGCUAUCCUUACUAAUAAUACCUCUCCAUCAACAUCUCUCCCCGUUGCCCAAGAAUCUCUCACCCUCGCCAAUCGUUACGUCUCCGCCUCCCGAAAACUCCUCCACCACUCCCAAAAUCGCCAAACUGAGCUCAAAACAUCCAUCUCCUCCCGACGGGCUGCCAUUUCCUCCGGCUACACCGUCCAAUGCGCUGCUGAAUCCGACGUCCAGAACGCCCAAGAGCACCUCAAUAACUCCCGCAUUCUCCUCACAAACACCAGCUCUCUCAUUCGCGGCCAACGCCGUCGCAUCUGCGAAGAACUCAUACAAACUUUCCCCAUUGAACCAACGUCUCACCCCCUCCUCUUCACAAUCUGUGGUCUACCUCUUCCAAACACAACUGAUGAUGAUACAUCGUCUUCCGACGAAGAUGUUAUAGCCGCCGCUCUAGGCUAUGUCGCUCUAUUAGUCCACCAUCUCCAAUACUAUCUCGCAGUUCCCCUCCCAUACCCCAUUACGCCCUGCGCUUCGCGUUCUCUCAUACACGACCCUAUAUCUCUCGUGCAAGACCGCCAAAGGAUAUUCCCUCUCUACCCCCAAUCCGUCAUCCGCUUCCGUUUUGACUGGGGCGUAUUCCUUCUAAACAAAAACAUUGAAGCACUAGCUGAAUCCCAAGGCCUACGCGUCCUCGAUAUCAGACAAACAGUGCCUAAUCUGAAAUAUCUAUUGUAUGUCUGUAGCGCUGGUUCUGAAGAGCUACCAGAGAGGAAAAGAGGGGGGGUGAAGGGAUUAUUGGUUGGGGGUGCUGGGGCCGGGAGAGUAGGGAGUAGGAGAGGAAGCGAUGAUAGUGCGAGAAUGAUGGGAGUAGGUGAUGCGAUUAGGAAGGCGUUGGAACAUGGGAAUGGAUUGGAAAAUGGUAAUGGGAACGGAAAUGGUAAUGGAAAUGCUCAGGCAGCAACUAAUGUACAAUUUAAAAAGGAGCCGUUAGUAAUGGCAGGACAUAGCUUGAGGACGAGUGGAUUGAGGGAAAAUGUUCAUUAG